AUGUCGCACACCUCGACCUCUGCCCCCUCCGCCUCCGCAUUGCCCGCCUCCACCCACGUCGCGGCCUUGUCGCCCACCUCCGCCUCGUCCACUUUCGCGCGCGUCGCCCACCUCCUCACCGCCCAUCGCCUCGCCCGCGCUGCGCUCCUCCGCGUCGACACCUAUGAGGACGUACGCCCACCUGCCUCACCCCGCUCCACUCUCCUCCACAUCCAGCUCAUCCGUGCGGGGACGUCCACGUCGCCCGCCUCCGCCUCCGCAGCCCUUCUCCUUCUCCGCGUCCUCCGCCUCCGCCUCGUCUCGACCCUCCGCGCCGUCCUCCUCUGCAUCGGCCUCCCCCGCCUCUGA